UGGAUAUAAAACCCGUCUGACUGAAAAAGAAACCAUUAAUCACCUUCGUUUCGAAAGAAAACGGAAAUGUACGGAUUUUUAAUUUGUUUGAGUUUGAUUUUCACUGAAAGUGUAAUCUUUGGUCUGCCAACUUCUCGUAUUCUCUCGGUACAGGCAGAGACAGGAAGUCUUUUGCAAAAACAACUGCUUCCCAGAUUACAUAACCCUAACGAAACAACUCCGGAAUUUCUACAUAAAAGAAUUGUCGACAAGAAAGAUGUUGCCACUGUAGUGACAAAGUUCUGCAAAUUCUGUCAGCAGCCUUCAUAUGAAAAAUCACAAGACUGCACAUACUACUGCAUGCCUUCAACAAGAGGAAAGAAAAAAGUUAUUCAAUUGAAGCAAACUGAGAAAGACAAUCCAAAUGGUGGUGGCGAACAAAAAGUCAUCACUGUCCUUGGAGAUACUAUAUGUGCAUUUUGCAAGCAGUUUCCAGAGCAUGAGUUAACAGACCUUUGUCAAAAAAAGAUAUGUUCCAAGUCUUCAUUACCAUCACUGUCAACUUUACAAGCCUUAACAAAACAGAACUAAUUCUAAAAGCCAUUCAGAUUGAACUAUAUAAAGCACAAUUAAAUAGUUAUGAUUUAUUGUUUAUUUGUAAUAAAUGUUUCAUUUAAUAAAUUAAUUUUUCGUUUAAAAUCAAAAACAUGAAAACUUACGACUUUUCAACUCUGUAUACCACAAUUCCCCACGAUAAAUUUAAGUCCAGGCUUAUUGACAUUAUUGACAGCUGCUUUUAAAAUAAAAACGGAAUUCGUAAAUUUACUUACCUGUCAUUGGUCAUUUGCAAAAUUACUUUGUUAGAAAAAAAUCUUAUUGUACACACAAGUACUCUGAAGUUGAUAUUAAAAAGAUGCUUGAGUUUCUGAUUGACAAUAUCUAUGUGGUUUAUGGAGACCAGGUUUUUCAACAAUAUGUUCGAAUUCCCAUGGGUACCAAUUGCGCCCUGUUGUUAGCAGACCUAUUUUUGUAUUCUUAUAAAGCAGAAUUUAUUCAAAAUCUUUUAUAUGAGAAAAAGAAAUCUCUUGCUGUGUUACGACGACGUAUUAUCAAUUAACAAUAGUUAUUUUCAUUCAUAUGUUGACACGAUAUAUCUC